AAUAACCAGGUCACGUGCUUUUAUUUUGAAAGCACCUUCGAGUCAGCGAUCAGCUGAUCUCUCGCCGCUGAGCGUCGCCGUCCUGUCGUGGUCCGUCGUACCUGCGGACUUCAUCGGCCAACAGUAACGUCGCUGCUGCAGCACAGAAGGGAUGUCUCUGGCGCUGGAAGCAAAGAAGCCGCAGCCUGGUGACUUGAUCGAGAUCUUCCGUGGAUCCUAUCAACACUGGGCGGUGUAUGUCGGUGACGGCGCCAUUGUCCAUCUGGCUGCGCCCUCUGAAGUCGCUGACACAGGCGUGGACAGCAUGAUGUCGGUGUUCUCCGACAAAGCUCUGGUGAAGAAGGAGGAGCUGUGGCAGGUGGCGGGGAGCAGCAGGUGGAGGAUCAACAACAGCCUGGAUCACAAGUAUGUGCCUCGAGCGGCUGGCGCCAUUGUGCAGGAGGCCUGCGCUCUGGUGGGCCAGAGUCUGCCCUACUGCGUCCUGCGAGGCAACUGCGAGCACUUUGCGAACGAGCUGCGCUACGGGAAGGCGGAGUCCCGACAGGUGUGCAAGGCCGGAGAGCUGGCCAUGCUGACGGGGCUGGCGGCGGCGGUGGGUGUGGGCGUGGUGGCUCUGGCCGCCGCCUUUCUGGGGAGCGGCAAGAAGGAGGACAAGGCCAAGCAGUGACUGAUAGAAGGAAGUCAGGAGGCGCCCUGGAAUUUUCGUGACAGGGACCUUGUUACUGCUCUCACUCCUCCACUGUCACCUGUGCUGAGCACUCCCAUGUUUUCGCUCCGCGGCGGCCUCACAGGGAACAGACUCAAGCUAACUGUGCUCUUGUAACUUCCUCUGAACUUGACAAUAAUAAUCAGAAUGUGGUGGUGUCCUCUUCCAUGACCCUGAGACACGGUGUUGUCACGUAGACCAGAGAGUACUUUGGCACGCAUGACACGAGGGGUCAAAAGCCUGUGACCUUUUCACAGUCUGUGUUUUCACUGGACUUUGUUACUCAUCAUUUGAACUGUGUAAAUAAAGUGGAAGUCCUGAA